AUGACGUGUAUGGUCGUUACAGUUAUUUCACUUUUCAGGAAAUGAGAGUCAGUGUCCACAGGGAAAUUUGCAAGCUAAAGUUGGUUCGUUUAAAUAUAUAAAAUGGAAUCUGGUGCCUAUGGGGCUUCACUGGCUGGAGGUCACUUCGAUUUUAUGAACUUUAUUAAACAACCACAAACCAUAGUCCGCAUCUUGAGCUGGAUAUUUUCCAUAGUGGUGUUUGCCACAAUCACAGGAGAAGGCUAUAUAAAUGAAGUGAAAGGGGAAGAAACCAAAUGCAUCUUUAACAAAAAUGACAGUGCCUGUGGCUUCGGAGUGGGCGUUGGCAUUCUGGCAUUCCUUGCCUGUGUCAUCUUCAUCAUACUGGAUGCCUAUUUCCCUCAGAUCAGCAGUGCAAAAGAGAGGAAGAACAUUGUCACUGGCGAUUUGGUCUUUUCCGGAGUGUGGACAUUCCUCUGGUUUACCUGCUUCUGUGUCCUAGCCAAUCAGUGGUCGCAUACCACAGAACUUUUACAAGAAAUCCCUGUUGAUGCUGCCAGAGCUGUGGUGGCCUUCUCCUUUUUCUCUAUCGUCACUUGGGCUGUAUUGACUCAAUUUGCUUAUACAAGAUAUCGCCAAGGAGUCAGUGACUUUGAUCAGGGCUACACAGACCCAGCCAAUGACCGCACCACACCUUACCCUGCCACUUCCGCCUAUCCCCCUUAUCCCAACAGUGGGCCAGAAGGCUACCAGCAGUCCCCUUUCACCCCCCAAAACCAGGAGCAGCCUGCGCAAUACCAGCCCCCAUCUUAUUAAGGGGUUGAACUUUUCGGCAGAUUUUUGGGGAGGAUGUUUAAAACACAUUAAAAUGCGUUGUCAGUGGUAGCUCUAGCUUGGUCCCAGAUCUGUUUGUGCAGUUUAGCCAACUCCUAUGGUAACUGUCAUGCCAAACAAAAACAUUUCUGGAACCAGGCUAUGACGCUUCGGCUAAGUGGACUCCACUGUUCCUCUUUUUCCUCCUAAUUUUAAGUUAUAGCUGGUGUUGUGCUUUCAUAAUGGGUGAGUUGACAGUUUAAUUUGGUGAUCGUAUUUUAGCUUAAAAAGCUAAAAGAAAAUGCUGUAUUUGCUGUAUUUUUAUAAACAAAAGAGAGCCUGUGCUGAACUUCAGGUAGAAUUUUUUAAAAAGUAAAGAAUUAUAGGCCAGAAAUCCAGAUCUACCUAUGGAAAAUAAGAGAUUCAGUGUCAACUCCACUGUAAGGUCAAGGCCAUGUGGCUACAUUAAAUGUUUGAAUACAUAUUUAAUGCAGUCAUAUGGACCCUUACGUUCAAAUGAAACAACAUAAAAUACAGAAGUGCUGAGGGUUAGCAUUGAGGAACAUCUAUUGCUCAGAAUUUCAAAUAAUGAGAUUAUGCUAUAGACACUAACUGUAUUUUUCUGUGGUGCCAACUCCAUUAUGCCAUAGUGCAUAUAUUGUCAUUUGGGAGGUUGAAGUCUUAAAAAUGUCUAGCCAAUCUAGGAUAUCCAAAGUAGUUGCCAUACUGUAAAUCUAGAAAUCAAAUGAAUAGCUGAAUAAUUGACAAAUGAGGACUGAUUUUAUUUUCUCUGCAAACCAAUGCUUUUUUUUUUUGCUCUCUGGAUGCACUGUCUGAAAAUUAUUACCACAAACUACUACUGUUUAAAAGCUUUAAAAACAACCACUAAAAUCACCAAGGGACAAUGUUCUGUAACCAGAUUUAGCCUACUCAUAGAGUAAAAAAAAGACAAAUCUGUUGAAAGAAAAUGUUUGUCCAGGAAUAGAUUUCUAAUUUUGGUUUGGGAAACCAUGUAGUCCCAAAGCUUUUUUUCCUGCACUGGUCAAUGUGUAAUGGGUUAUUUGAAUGUAAUUUAUAAUACUGCUCUCAUACCAAAUGCUUUUUUUCUAAAACAAUCUCCUCAGUUUGUCUCCUAACUCCUUUUAUUUCAGUGUGUUGUUCAAAGGUUUUAAUAAUUUCUAUAGUGUAUGUGUUUUUCUCCAGAAUACUGAAACAUUAAGGCAGUUGAGACAGUGGCGCCUGAAUUACUUUGGUUAAGAUUUUUUCAUAAAAUGGACAUAUCAGAAAGUCUGUCAUGGAGGCAAAUGUGUUUCAUGUGAGAAUAAGCUAUAUGCAAAUUGGCAUAAUAGGUCAAACAGAGUGACAUGCAAGACUUCACAAUUAGCAUGUUUAACUGCAUGUUACAAUUCCACCAUUAGGCAAAUCACUGUAUUAAAAAAAUCAAAGUCUUUGGCAAGAUUAAUAAUUUACAGAGGUUUUUUUCAAAAUUGGGCUAGCUGUGUUUAACAUUGCGUGUGGUAUUUGCAUAGGUACAUUCAUUGGCCACUUCCCAAUUUUUUUGUGUAGGAUAACUAGCUAGUACACAGUAGCUGUAAAACAUGCUAGCUAGUACACACAAGGUAGUACCUACCAGCUUGUAACUCUAAAUGUGCUGAACCAUAAUGCUGCACCAUAAUUUUUGUGUAAUUUGUUGAGAAUGUGGUAAAAACAGCUACUUUGUGUAAAAUUUGAAUUCCAACAAUUGCACUGUAGUAUAAAUGUGGUGGAGUUAAUUUGAGUACAAGCUGUGGGGAGUAGAGAAAUGCUGUCAUUGGUGCACAGAUGUUGCAUUUCAUUGACCUAUUUACCCCAAUGUUUUCAUGGGUUCAUUCAUUGUUAUCAAUAAUCUGCUGCCAAUGCAGCAAAAAGUGUCAAAAGUUGAAUGGGACAAAAUACUGUUUAGUCUAAACAACUAAAACUAAAUAACAAAAAAAAUGACACAUUAAUUAGCAAAGCCACACAAAACGAUUUGCUAGUGACGCUAACAUUAGGUUGCUCACAUUCUGUAGAGACUUUCCUCAAUCUUAGCUAUCUAGCAAACAUUAUACUGCCUCUGACAUCAAAGGGUAUGUGAAAACUAUGACAAAGAAGUUACGUUACCAAUGAUUUUCCUUUAGAGUCUGUAUUCUUUGUUCAAACCGCAUUACUGCACUUUCAGUGGCCUUCUGGGAUGCAUUGAGUAGAAUAAUCACUUACUGAAACCAAAGUUUAAAAGAAUAUUGCGACCAAAAACAACCAUAAGGUGCAGCCAUAAUGCCAUAAUCAUUUCUUGGUAGUCUGAAACAUAGUUUUAAGCUUACAUUUUAUUUACACAGUCUGUUUAGGUUGUCAUGAUUCUGCCAGACCACUCAUUAUGCUCUUCUUGUCUUGGGUUUCAAGCCUAUGCUGUUGCAAAAAGUCUUGGCUACCACCAGCCUAUCCAUUGCCAAAUAAAGACUUUACCUGUUUGAACACUCA